AUGAACAAGGAAAAGGUUCCCCAGAAUGCGGUACCCAAUGGCCGUACCAAGCUUCGUCAGGUCACUUCGGCUACACCUCUGGACGAAGUGUUUCAAUACUGGGAGGAAGACGGUGCCAUCGUGAUCAAAGGCCUCCUGACAUCAGCUCAAGUCGAGCAACUAAAUCAAGAGAUGGGCCCGAUCCUGCAAAAGGUGGCUAUCGGGGGACAUGCAAGCGACGUGCGUCUGCAGAACUUCCACGGCAUGAAGACAAAGCGCGCAGGUGACCUCACCAACAACAGCGCCGUUUUUCGCGACCAUCUCCUAGACAAUGACUUUAUACACGCCGUCUCUCAGCGCUGUUUUGCCUACCGGGGUAAAAUGGGCCCAGAUGCCUACUGGCUGGGCAGUGCAUCUACCAUCCACGUUGGCCCGGGCCAGAAACCACAGACUCUGCACCGAGAUCUGGGCUCGUACCCGAUCUUCUGGAUGCUGGGCCCACAAGGCCCAGAGUCGCAGAUCAACUUCCUUGUCGCCACGACUGAUUUCACCGAGGCCAACGGCGCUACUCGCAUCAUCCCUGGCAGCCACAAGUGGGAGUUCAACCAGCACGGCGACCGAGACAUGACAAUUCCGGCUGAGAUGAAGGCUGGAGAUUGCUUGCUCAUCAGUGGAAAAGUCAUUCACGGCACUGGCGGGAACAAGACGGACCAAGAGCGUGGAUGCCUGGCCGUUACUAUGUGCGCCAAUUUCCUUGCCCCUGAGGAGGCUCAUCCAUUCAUCGUUAGUAUGGGCACCGCCAAGAAGCUUCCGGUCCGCUCCCAGCGUUGCCUGGGAUUUCGAUCUCAGUGGCCACAGAGUUCCCCGGGGUUAUGGACCAAGGACUACUCUGAAUUGGCUUUACAUCUUGGGUUAGAUGAUUGA